UUUUGUGGUUCUUGUGUUUACAUUUUUUUUGAACUGCAUAAUGGCAAGUGAUCUUCCAGCAGACCUUUAUACUGAUAAGUCUCGUCAUCGCUACGAUGCAGUGUACGGGAAAUUCAGGAAAUGGCAAGAAGCACAAGACACGAAUUCAUUCACAGAGGAAGUAUUGCUGAAGUAUUUCGGUGAGAUGGCAAAAACCGUAUCACCAGCAUCACUACGUUCCGUCUAUUCAAUGCUGAAGCCUAUGCUCAGUUCUAAGCAUAAUGUCAAUAUUGGCGAAUACGAUCAAUUACUUGCUUUUCUGAAAAAGGCGAAAGAGGGUCUCAUCCGUAACAACCUACCACGUCAAUUCACCGCAGACGAAGUAAAUAAAUUUUUGCAAGAAGCGUCGGAUACGGAGUACGUCGUUGUUAAGGCUGUGACGGUGUUUGCGAUGUGUGUAUCACCACAGACUGACACGUUGACCAGCAUUAAGAUGGAGUACAUAAAAGAUUACGGUACAGAAAUCGUGGUACGAGUUCCAAAUCCAACGACCAAAGCGAUUAAGGUCUGUACAAUCAGUGGCAAAAUGGUCGAUUUUGUGCGGAAUUACAUUCGCCUACGACCGAAGACAGUCCCAACUGAUAGAUUGUUCAUUCAAUAUCGUGAUGGGAAAUGUGUCGCACAACACGUUGGAAAACAUUCAAUCGGCAAAAUGCCCCAAAAAAUUGCACAGUUCCUUGGAUGGCCAGAAUCUGACAUGAUUGGUGGACUCAGCUUUACAAGAAUGUCGAACGCAAUCAUGGCAAAUUCGAGAGUGAAACGUAUUUCGCUGGAGAAAAGCGUAGGUUCGAUGUAUAGUUCAGCUUUCGAAGUACCAAACCUAAUAACGGGACGGAUAGAAGCUGCUCAAGCUCCAGAAAAUAAUUAUUCGAAGAACGCCACUGAAGUGAAUCUGCAAAUGGAUCGACUUACACCGAGCGACAGAAUAAAACAGGAAGAUGAGCAGCACUUUGAGGCCGGAGAAUACAUUCUUAGCGAGACAAAUCAUUACUCCACUCAGGACAUCGACAUUAAAACUGAAGAAGAAUCUACGGAUGAUAAUUCCGAUUUCGGCGACCAUGGAAAUGUGAGCCACUGUGACACCACACCAAUAAAUCGAAUAACACCGGAUCAACGGCUGCAUCCACACGAACUCACAGAUGCCUUUCCAUCAGAAACAAAUCCGAAAAAACGACUAAAAUGUUCAGGGGACAUUCUAGAUGCUUCAAAUUCGUUCACAUCCUGCGGAAAUUGUUCACUUAGACAACAAACGAUCAAAGCUCAAGCAAAGGAAAUUGCCAGACUGAAAAAACUGAGUGACAGCCAAAAUUUAAAAAUUGAGAGCUUGGAAACGCUUCUGCUGGACAGCCUGCGCAAAAAGUUCGAGACUUCGUAACAUUGCUUCAUUACCCAUGGCCGUUACAAACUACUUCUCAACCUACGACCAUCAGCAGUC